AGGAGCUGAGCGGCCGGGAGGAGUGAGGUGGGGACGGGCAGAGGCUCACAGAGGGGGCAGAGCGGCCCCCGGCCAUCGCAGCUCUAGGCAGGACAGCCGCCCCCACUGACCAGGGGCAGGGGACCAGCUACUUGUGGGCGUCUUUAAUUCACUGGGGACGAGCUCCUGGGCAGCAGGGUGGUUCCUGGCCCUGGCAGCAGAGCCCACAGCCAGGCCCGUCCGUGAUGGCCAGCCCCGAGGGCGCCAGCCCCCCCCCAGGGAACCGGGGCACCCGCCCGCCGGCGGGGCUCACCUUCUCCCCCGAGCUGGGGCCGUCACCGCUUGGCGGCUUGUGCAGGAACAUGGGGCAUCUCAGCUGCGUGGAGAGCAUCACCCCGAGGAGAAGGCUGAGGCUGUCCCCAGAUGCCCUGACUCCAAGCCCUGCUGGCUCCCAGGCGCCGGCUCCCGCAGGGACGCCCACACCCACAGGUGGUGCACCGGAGCCCUCGCUCAGCCCCCAGGCCUGCAGCAUCAGCAUCAGCGAGGGCAGCUGCAGUCAGACGCCCCGGCAUUGCAGCCUGCCCCGCUCCAGCAAGCGGCUGCGAGAAGCCAGCGAGGGGCCAGGGGAAGGAAGUGCCAGUCCUCAGGGCAAGGGCGAGAAGCUGCAGUGGAAGAACCUGGGGACGCUGUUCCCCAGCCCGGAGGGCCCAGCCCCAGGAAGGAAGCAGCCCCACGGGGGCGAGACGAGGAGGGGCAGCUCUGGCCUCUCUCCUGCUCCAGCCCCUGGGACGGACGGCGAGAUCCUGACUGGAGAUUUUUCCAGGCCCUGCUCUCUGCCAGUGGAGGAUGGCCUGCACCGGGAUCUGCGUUACGUCAGCCCCGCCACAGUGGCUUCCCUGCUGCGCGGCCAGUUGGCUGGGGUGGUGGAGGAGUACGUGGUGGUGGACUGUCGCUAUCCCUACGAAUACGCUGGGGGACACAUCAAGGGCGCCCUGAAUCUGUACCGAGAAGAGCAGCUGGCGAGGUGGUUCCUGCCGGAUCCCUUGGGCACCACCCCGAGCCCCCGCAGCAGCACCCUGAUCUUCCACUGCGAGUUCUCCUCUGAGAGAGGCCCCCGCUUGUGCCGCAGCCUGAGGAGAAUGGACCGAGACGCCAACCGGUACCCAGAGCUCUGGUACCCAGAGCUGUACGUGCUGCAUGGCGGCUACAAGGAGUUUUACCAGCACUUCCAGGAUCUCUGCGAGCCCCAGGGCUACAUCCACAUGCGGCACAAGGACUUCCGAGCCGAGCUUAGGAACUACCAGCGGAGGAAACAGCCUUGGAGCCUGCGCAGGAUCCGCAAAGAGCUUUUCAAGCCCCUGUCCCCAGGGACUCCCUUGCAAUAGCAACCCAGAGCCCAUCCCUGACUCACAGCGAGGGACCCACUAGCCCUACCCCUCGCCUCUGAAAUGGAGCUGCCCCUUUCCCGUUUGGCAAGUCAGACCUUCCCUGGCUGGCUGCCUCUGGAGCUCCAGCAAUCCCGCUGUAAUUUAAGAUUCUAGCCCAGGGGUUCUCAAACUGGGGG